AUGGAUGAGUUUAAUGAAUGGAUUGAUACAUGUGGUCUAAAGGAAGUUAAACAUCAUGGGAAUCUCCUCUCAUGGUGCAAUGGAAAGGAAGGCAAACCUAGAAAAUGGGCAAGACUUGAUUGGGCUUUAAUGAAUGUGGUUUUUUCGGCUCGGUUCAACAAGUCAAAAUUGGAAUAUGCCAAAAGAAAGUCAUCGAACCAUAGCCCUUUGGUGUUAAGAGUUUCUUGUGUGGAUAUAAGGUACGGUCCCUCUCCGUUUCAAUUCCAAAAAAUGUGGUGCUUUCAUGAAUUCUUUCAUAGUUUGGUACAAAAAGUUUGGGAACAGCCUACGUGGGGUUCGGGAUUAACUAAACUAGCGGCUAAGUUGAAGAGAGUAAAAUUAGAGUUGCGAUCUUGGAAUAGAAAUGUAUUUGUGAGAGUUAAGAAAGAUAUUCAGGACCUUGAAAAGAAGCUUACAGCUUUGCAGUUCCAGCUUCAAGCUAAUUAUUCGGAUGAGACAGAUGCCGAGUUCAUAGCUACGAAGAUGGAAUUAGAUGUGUGGGAAAAAAGAGAGGAGACUCGCUUGGCACAGGCUGCUAAGAAGAAAUGGUCGAAGGAGGGAGAUCGAAAUUCCAAUUUUUUUCAUGCCAUUGUGUCUUAG